UCACACUUGCUGUUAUUGGCAAGUACAGAAAGGUGACACUGCGGCGAAGAAAAAAGACGAAAUUACGCUAAAGCAGACCGUAGUUUGCGGCGCACGCAAACAUGACUUCGUUGGGAAGGGCUCUUGGUGUCUUUAAGGCAGGAACACAGCUGCUGCAGCGUGGUCCACGAAGAAUAAUGACCAGAAACGCCAGUGGCGGAGUGCACAUUGAGCCUCAGUACCGACAGUAUCCUAUCCUGACCAGAAAACAGCGGAUCGACUCAGAGGUCCUCAGUGGUCUCAUGUGGUUCUGGGUUUUGUGGCACUUCUGGCAUGAGCCGGAUGCAGUACUGGGUCACUUCUCCUGGCCUGAUGCCUCUGCCUGGACAGACGAAGAGCUUGGAAUCCCACCAGAUGAUGAAUGAGGCGAGAUCCUCAAUUAUUCCUUUAUCACAGAUGGACAUGAUUCACACUGCUGGAUAUCAUCAGGAGGUCCUGAAAGCAAUUGUUGUACAUAACUAAUAAAAUUAAAUCCAUUAAAUGUG